AUGGCGAUUCUGCGCAGCCAAGGUGUGCGCCUGAUUAUCUAUCUGGACGACCUGCUGAUUAUGGCAUCGUCGGCGGCGGAAGCACUGGAGCACUUGCGCCGGGCAAUUCAGUUGUUACAUCAACUGGGAUUUCUCAUCAACUUCAAGAAGUCGGUGUUGACUCCUGCCCAGAACAUCUCAUUCUUGGGCUUCGAAGUGGACUCUCGUGCCAUGGAGAUGCGGGUGCCUCCGGAGAAGAUCCGGAAGCUUCGCCAGGAGUGCACCAAGCUUCUGCUGCAGCCACGGGUGACUGUUCGCACCGCCGCUCCGUUACCGACGUCUGCAGGAGCUCAAGAUCCUAGCUCUUCGCGAGUCCCAGUCUUACGAGGCGACCGUCCAGUGGACACCCGAUGCCAGGCUGGAUUUACAGUGGUGGAAAGAGCGACUGUCCGACUGGAACGGAAGUCAUUGGUUCGCCCACCCUGCAAUCUGGUGGUGUUCUCGGAUGCCUCCCUCGAUGGCUGGGGAGCAGUGUGCAGGGAUCAACAGGUGGGCGGCCGGUGGACUCGGGCAGAGCGUUCCAUGCACAUCAAUGCCCUCGAGUUGACAGCGGCGUUUCUGGCACUUCAGGCCUUCCACCGGGUGGCGUUGGACCGUCCGCUUCAUGUUCGCCUGUUUGUGGACAAUACCACUUGCCAGGCUUACCUCAACAAGAUGGGCGGCACACAUGCCCCGCACUUGUCCCAGCUGGCCUGCCAGGUGUGGGAGUGGUGUCUGGAACGUGGCAUCACAGUUGAAGCCGAGUACAUACCGUCGGCGGAGAAUCCGGCCGAUGCCCCGUCCCGUCAGGGGGUCGAUUCGAGCGACUGGAUGCUCGAUCCAGUAGUGUUCCGGGGCCUUUGCCAACACUUCCAGGUGCAGCCGGCGAUCGACCUGUUUGCGUCACGGACCAAUGCCCAGUUGGACAGCUUUGUGUCCUGGGGGCCUCAACCCGGAGCACUGGAUGUGGAUGCUCUUGCCAUACCAUGGGGCGAUCAAUGCCUGUAUGCGUUUCCACCCUUUGCUCUCUUGCCGAGGGUUCUGCACAAAGUGCGCCAGUCCCCGGGGUGCAGAGUGUUGCUGGUGGCACCAGUGUGGGAUGCGCAGCCAUGGUAUCCGCUCCUGCUCCAUCUUCUGGUAGCAUGUCCAGUUCUAUUACCGGGCCAUCCAGCGCUCCUCGCCUCACCGCUGGAUCAACCUCAUCCCAUGGUGCUGGGCGGUCAUCUCCAACUAGCCGGCUGGCUCAUCUCUCCCGAUCCUAUGCGGCGGCAGGCCUUUCAUCAGGCACUAUUGCCCUCAUCCUGGGAUCAUGGCGGGACUCCACCAACUCGGCCUAUUCGUCAGCAUGGACAGCUUGGCACAGUUGGUGUUCUGAACGGCGGAUUGAUUCCUUUCAGCCGCCUGUGUCACAAGUAUUGCAGUUUCUAA